UGUAUACAUUUCGCAUUCUAUGCGCGUGGCGGUAACGAGUGCGUGUUUUUCGUCGCAUACUGAGACAAAGCUUCUUCUUGUUUGUUUUGCUGGAAUGCAGGAAUGCGGAGUGUGGAAGUUUCCCGAAACGCGGCAAGGCCAUGACGCAAAGACGUGUUAUAUGUGUAUUUCAAGAGCGUCCCGAUACCGAGCUGCGUGGUUCAUGGACGACCGAGAGCAAAAACGCGCGCGCGCACACUUGCAUCAUCGACGGUAUAAAUAACUUAAAAGCUUUCGCCCAAAAAGUGGCUGCAAAUCACCCAGCGAGCGCCACGUGCAGUUGCCUGCCACCAUUUUGCGUAUUAGUUUUUCGUCUUUCAUAAUUUCCACAGGCAUACAUCAAUAAAACGGUUUCGAAAUACAAAAAUACUAAAUUCCUGUGGAAGUUUUUCAACUUUUUCAACGGCGCCAAAAGCGUAAACAGAACAUAAACACUUUUCACGGUCAUUUUCGUUCUCGUUUGCUUACUUUGCCAGGAGGGACGACAACAACCUUUUCCUCUCUAUUUUUUUAAGUAAAUAAUAUGAAUGAUAUAAAAUAUACAUUUAUCAGUUCAUAGCCGCCGCGAUUGAUUUAAAUAUAGAAAUGAAAAUUGUUUUUCAUCAUAGCCCGUGUUGUCAUGGUGACACAUGUUGUUUACCACUGAAUUUAGUGAUUCAAACAUUAGGAAAAAAAUGGCUGCUAAUUUAAGGCAGGCCUGGUGUGGUUCCUGCAACGAAUUAGACACGCUGGAUAAUUUCCCGUUUUUUACCAAUAAUUCAACCAUUGAUUUUCCUUUCAUUGCAACGAAUACAACACCUGCGGUUAAAAAUGCACCAGAGGAGACAGAGACUCACCCUGAAGGUACAGAAUUCAUCGAUAUGAAAUCCCUGGUGAUACCAAAUCUGUUACCCACGUCGCAACAAGAGGUAACUGAUGAUCACCAAAGCAUGCAUAGAGAUCGGGAGGUGUUGUUCGUCAAGGAGUACAAACAGAGGAAAGGGAAUAUCGCCAAGUCAAUGGCGGAGAGACCACCGCCACGACGCAAUCCAAAACGACAGGCACAAUUGAAGAAGCCAUUGCGCGCCUCAUCUUCAAGUAAUUUCAAGGAAAUCACUAACACUUGCAAUAACAGUAAAGAAACAACUAGAAAGACGAAAUCCUCGCUGAAGCAGUGGCCCGUCGACGGAAUGCACGAAAAGCCCCACUUUAAUCCUGUAACCAAACGCCUGGAAAAACUCCCUGGGUUAUCAAUGUUAAAACGCCGACGUCGUAAGAAACCGCACGAUGAAGGAGGUAAUGAAGAUUUUGCUACGUGUGCACAUCACAAUCUACACUAUGUGCUGAUGUACGUCAACAAUGUUAAAGAAUGCAAUGCUUGGACAAAUGCCGACAAGCAAGACAACGUGGUUAAAGCAGUGGGCAUUUUGAAAGAUGCCUGUGUUAUGUAUUGCAUUGCUAAUGAUGUAUCUGAAUCAUCACUGGUUAAGUAUCUCGACGAUCUUUCUUCACAGGAAAACAUCUCUGAUUUCUUGAAGAAUGUGCUCGAAACGAAAUAAACUUAAUAAGCCGCGCAAUCACUAAUCCUUCAGUAUUGAUACCGCACCAUAUGAAGAAGAGGGCGCAGAUGAAGAUAAAUAUAUAGAGAC